GAUUGGCACAUCACUAGAGGACAAUAGCAGUUUCAAGUUAUGGAUAUUAAUGAAGGCUCCGAUGAAGACCAUCUUACUAGUUAUGAUAUUCAGCUCACUAUUCAAGAAUCAAUUGAGGACAGCAAGACCGUAAUUUAUCCUGAAAGGUUUGUGGUCAAAACCCUAAGUGAUGAAAACAGAAAACUUGUGGAUGCCAUAAGACAAGGCCACAUUCUUGAGCUCCAGGAAUAUGUGAAAUACAAAUAUACGCUGGAUGAAGCUGAUGAGAAAGGAUGGUUCCCAUUACAUGAAGCUGCUGUUCAGCCCAUUCAGCAAAUACUUGAGAUUGUUCUGGAUGCAUCCCAUGAGACACUCUGGGAAUUCAAAACACCUGCUGGAGAAACGCCCUUGACUUUGGCAAUCAAAGCAGGUUUGGAACAAAAUGUAAGAACUUUACUAGAAAAGGGAGUCUGCCCAAACACCAAAAAUGACAAAGGAGAGACACCCCUUCUGAUUGCUGUAAAAAAGGGCUCCUAUGACAUGGUGGCUGCUCUAAUUAAACACAACACCAGUCUCGACCAGCCCUGUGUCAAGCGAUGGUCAGCAAUGCAUGAAGGAGCCAAACAAGGCCGCAAGGAUAUCAUUGCUCUGCUGCUAAGCCACGGAGGUAAUGUCCACGUGAAAGAUGGAUUUGGAGUCACACCACUGGGUGUAGCUGCUGAGUAUGGCCACUGUGAUGUUUUGGAACACCUCAUUCACAAAGGAGGUGAUGUGUUUGCUUUGGCUGAUGACGGGGCAUCUGUGCUCUUUGAGGCAGCAGGAGGGGGCAACCCUGACUGCAUUUCGCUCUUGCUAGAAUAUGGAGGAAGUGGAAAUGUACCUAACAGAGCAGGACAUCUUCCCAUACACCGAGCUGCUUAUGAAGGACAUUAUCUUGCCCUGAAAUAUCUUAUUCCAGUAACAUCUAAAAAUGCAAUCCAGAAAAGUGGGUUAACACCGGUUCACUCAGCAGCUGAUGGACAAAAUGUUCAGUGCCUCGAACUGCUCAUUGAAAAUGGCUUCGAUGUUAACGUCCUGCUUGCUGACCACAUAUCUGAGAACUACGAUGAUAACAGAAAGACCGCACUAUAUUUUGCUGUUUCAAAUAACGAUAUCCAAUGCACAGAAGUUCUUCUGACUGCAGGUGCAAACCCAAACCUAGAUCCCCUCAACUGUCUGCUAGUGGCAGUAAGGGCUAAUAAUCAUGAAAUUGUCCGGCUGCUUCUUUCCCAUGGAGCAAAUGUCAACUGUUAUUUUAUGCAUGUGAAUGACACUCGUUUUCCCAGUGCCAUUCAAUAUGCCCUAAAUGAUGAGGUAAUGAUGAGGCUGUUGCUGAAUAAUGGCUAUCAAGUGGAGAUGUGCUUUGAUUGCAUGCACGGGGACAUCUUUGGAAAUACAUUUGUCUGGUCCGAGAUAGAGGAAGAGGAAUUGCCUGGAUGGACAUCUUGUAUAAUAAAAGAUAACCCGUUUUGUGAGUUUAUUACAGUUCCUUGGAUGAAACACUUGGUAGGCAGCGUUAUUCGGAUUUUAAUAGAUUACAUGGAUUAUGUCCCUCUCUGUGCGAAACUGAAAUCUGCUCUUGAAGUACUGAAAGAAUGGCCAGAAAUUCGUCAGAUACUAGAGAAUCCUUGCUCAUUGAAGCAUUUGUGUCGGUUAAAAAUUCGAAGAUGUCUGGGACUUCAGCGCCUCCACCACCCAGCCUCCAUGGAUAAACUUGCUCUACCACCAAUUAUUCAAAGAUACCUCUUAUUUAAAGAGUAUGAUCUCUAUGGACAAGGGCUAAAACUGCCAUAA